UUCAUAUCUAGGCUGAAGCUUUCCAUACAACUUGAAAUUGUCCCACCAAGUCUUUGGUUCCCAUUCGUUUCAAAAUAGAUCAAAGAAGUUCAGUCUACUGGUUUUCAUUAUCUACCUAUCUGGCAGGUAAAUUCCAACUCCCUUCGCCCCUGAGUCGAGUACUACAGGCAGCUACCCCACUAUUAUAGCCCAUGAUGGUGAAGUUAACUGACAAGAUGGCUAUCGCGGAUGCUCCGACGGGCGUGGGCAGUCUUGGCUCUACUUGGUCUAAACAUCGACUAGACCAAAUUAAUGAAGCCCAUAUUAAUGGGAUCAAUGAAUCCAUCUCCCAAUCUCAAAUAGUAGUAUGCGGCGAUACCGCCUCAGGGAAGAGCUCUGUACUAGAGCGCCUGACUGGCAUCCCAUUCUCUCGAAUGGAAGGCAAUGUGAUAAAAUUCCCCAUUGAGAUGGUUUUUCGGCAUACGGACAGGAGGCAGCAAAUCACCGCAACUAUUCGGCCUCAUAGCAAGCAAUGUCCCAUCGCCCAAGAGAAGUUCAGGGGCUACACCCGCGAUCUAUCCAAUAUUUCGGAGCUACCCGCGGUAAUGGAUGAAAUGAUCUCCAAAAUUAUCCUUUAUGACAAGGGGUCUCGUUCUAUGGGUGCUAUCACUGCCGACACGCUACGGAUUGAAGUAAAGGCAGCCCAUGGCCUUCAUCUGUCGAUAAUUGACCUGCCUGGAUCCAUAUCUCGUCCUAAAGCAUAUGAUAUAGAGGGCAGGUCCAACUUACUACAAAGGCUAGCAGAAAGCUACCUCUCGGAUACUCAUUCGAUAAUAUUAGCUGUUAUUGAGGCCUCAAAUGUCACCAACCAUGGUGUAAUGGGCUUGGCCCAAAAAUUCGACCCAGAAGGCCAGCGAACCCUAGGUGUCAUCACCAAAACCGAUUCCAUAAAACAAGGAGCCGAGUACGAAAUUGCGAAACUAGCGAAGAAUAUGGGCAAUCACAAACCGGAGCUAGGAUAUUUUCUACUGAUGAACCCUAUCACCUCCGAAAGGGAGGCUGGUUUAACCUUAGAUGCUCAAUCUCGCAUGGAAAUGAGAUUCUUCUCUAAACCCGCUUGGAAAACACAGCGCCUCUUUUGGCAUCGAGUGGGAGUUGAAAACUUGAAGUUAUUCUUACGCGAUCUCCUUGAGGAGCGUAUUGAGGUUGAGCUCCCAAAUAUAUGGGAGGCUACUAGUGACAGGUUGUCUGAAGCCGAGCAAGAACUUAAGGCGCUUGGAGAUCAACGGUCUACAGUUAGCGGCGUCCGGGUAUUCAUGACGGGCCUAGCCAUGCACCUCUCUCAAUUGACCCGUGCUGCUCUUGACGGAAACUACCACGAGCUCAGCGCGGAGUUCUUUUCGGGGCCCAAGAAUCGACUACGAACCGAGGUUCACACCGCUAACAAAGAAUUCGCCAAUUACAUGCACGAUAAUGGACAAUGGAGAAAAAUAACGACCAGGAGUGGCAUCACAGACAAUCAACUCCUCGUGACCAAGGAAGAAAUGAUUGGAUGGGUGAAAUCUGUGUAUGAACGCCAUGAGGAUAUAAUCCCCGGGGUAUUCCAGAGUGCAGUCUUCACAGAGCUAUUCAAGGCACAAUCGAGCCGCUGGUCAACUAUUGCGAAGAAUCACGUAGACAAGGUAUUUAGAAUAAUAUCAAACUGGAUUACCCGAGCGGUUUCUACCAACGCUUUAGACGGAAAGCUACUUUGCUACCUUAUCUCUACUUACGGGAAAGGCCUUGACCAAGCAAAAGAUCUAGCCUACGAGGAGCUAGAGAAGCUAUUAAAAGACGAAAAGCUUCCUAUCAUGAAUCAUCGUCUCCACGCAGAGACCAUACAGCACGUGCGGAAUAAAGUCGCUUCAGAAGCGUAUGCAACAGCUGUGGAAAAGGUAGUCCGAAAACGUUGGGGUAGCGACGACAAGUUGAUCACAGCUCGAGAAGUACUUGAAAUCAUCCGGAGUAAAACAGUCGUCGGGCUAGAUAAACAAGCACAUAUCGAGACAAUAGCAUUAUUGGACGUUUAUUACAAGGCAGCAUUGUCCACUUUCAUCGAUAAUGUAUGUCGCCAGGUGGUCGAACGCCAUCUUCUAUCUGCGCUACCGUCGAUAUUCUCCCCUCAGGGAAUAACUGAGCUAAGUGAAGAGGAACUUUUUCGCAUAAGUUCUGAGACUGUAGCUCAGCGAGAUAGGCGAGCCCAACUUGAAUCCACAGUAAACAGUCUUCGAAAGAACCUCGCGGAUCUUCAGAGGUACUCUAUAAAGGCAUGAAUCAUUCGAUCGUCGCUUGAAAACGAAAAAGUCGCUCGAGUGUUAGCUUUGUGGGUCAAUAGGUGCGAGAUUUAAAGGGUUCCUUUCCCACCCCCCUGGACUACAAUGUAUAUUCCAACCAAGAAGUACCCUUUCAAGCAGUUCUUGCGAUUGAUUUGUUCCAGUCAUUUCUACUCUUGGUUAACUGGUCAUCAUGAGGGAUAGGGGUAAAUUAUCAAAUUAUGAGGGAAGUAGCAUAAUAACCAUUUCACAGCUCAAGAUGAAUGCGCGCGUAAUUGAGUAAUAUUUAG